ACAUGGAAGAUCCGCCGGAAAAUUCGGACGGCAACUCGAUCGCAGCGGUUUCAUCGGAGGAUGAUGAGGAAGUUCACGGAACAGAGCCGGAGUCGGAGGAGGACGAACUGGCCGGCGAAUGGGAACAAGCGGAAGAGGAAUACAUUGGAGUUGAUCCGCAGGAAACCCGGGACAGCCCAAACUUUGAGGGUUUCGCCGAUUUGCUGAGCACGGAGAUUGAGGUCAAAGAGGAGGAGAUUGAAAUCAAGGAAGAGGAGAUUGAACUCGAUCCCGAUCUACUUCCGGGCGAGGACGAGGAGGGAGAGGAUCCGUUUGGAGAAACGAUGGGAGGCACUUCGACGGACACGGCCGAUGAGGGGGAAGAUGAACCGGCAAGAAAGCAACAGAAAGUGGGCAAGAAUGUGCUGGUUAAGCUUCGGCAACCGGAACCGAAACGUAGGCCUGCUGUCCCGAAGGCGGCGAUAUAUCCACAAUUUGUUCCCGGUUUGAUGGUCAAGCGCAACUCGAACCUGCAGUGCUUGGAAUGUGGCCUGUGUUUCAAUUCUCCGUAUACUUUUGCAGCGCACCGGAAGCAGUUGCACGUUCAGCUGCCGGAAUUUCUCCAUGUGUGUUCGUACUGUAAGCGGAGGUUCAACGAGAGGGAGGAUUUGCAGCGUCAUUUACUGCACCACACUCGGAUGGAAACGUUCCGUUGCUCGGUUUGCCACUUGGGCCUGAACUCUUCAAAAGCCCUCGUAGAUCAUUUGGUGAGGCAUCGUGAGCAGGACGAGAAUAGUUGUAAUUUGUGCUUUAAGGUUUUCACCAGCCCAGAACAGCUGGAAGCGCAUAACGUGGAACUGCACACAAAGUUGUCGAAGAUCAGCAAAACCGUGUUGCCCUCGGAUAUUGUCUGCUUCGCUUGUGGCAAGAUGGAAAAACACGCCAAGGACCUUCGCGUUCACAUGCAACGGCACAAGGGUCAGGUCCGGUGCAAGGUUUGCAACAGCGCCCAACACAACAUGGAUAAACUGCACCAACACGUUACAAAGUUCCACCGAGAUACCAGAAAGAUGACCUACGACUGCUGUCCCAACUGCAGCGAAGUGCAUCUCUCGCACCAGCAGAUGAUCGAACACAAAGAGAGCUGUCUCCUGCCACCUUCCCUGUACGGUCGCUUCCGGCUCGAGUGCCACAUCUGCCAGCUGUCCUACUUUGACGUGGAACAUUACGAAACCCACAUGCGACUGCACGCCGCUCUCGGCCAAGAAUCGGACCGCAAACCGUGCCGGCUGUGUUCCUUCUUCGCGAAAAACACCAGCGAGUACGCGCUGCACAUGACCCGCGUGCACGGCUACCGUGACACGAUCGACUCGCUGGAGCACGACUUUGACAACAUGCCCGGACUCAAGUGCAUCGCGCCAAAGUGUAAGCAAAUUGCGAUCAACUACCUGCCGGAUGUGCGGGCGCAACCGGACCAGUGGAACCGCCUGCUGUGCACGUUUCAGCUGCCGAUGUUCUUCAAGCCCAAGCCGACGUACCGGAUUUGCAGCAACCAUUUGGCGGUUUUCAAUAGGUCGGCGGAUUAGGGCGUGCUCUUUUGGUG